CUACAAACCCCACAAUCCAUUCCUGGGAAAAUAGAAACAGCGAAAUUCUCUCUUCCAUAUCUCUAAAAACCAGUUGGUUUCGGGUCUAGAUGGCGGCACCGAAGAUGGGUGAUUUUGAAGAUUUGUUGCCGGUGAUGGCGGAGAAGCUGGGCGGAGAGGGGCUGAUAAGGGAGCUGUGUAAUGGGUUCAGGCUGUUGAUGGACGGGGAGAAGGGGGUGAUCACUUUGGAGAGUCUGAAGAGGAACGCCGCCCUGUUGGGGUUGCAGGAACUGAGGGACGAUGAGCUUCAGAGUAUGUUGAGGGAAGGCGAUUUGGAUGGCGAUGGGGCUCUCAAUCAGAUGGAGUUUUGCGUGCUUAUGUUCAGAUUGAGCCCUGAUUUGAUGGAGGAGUCUCAGUUCUGGCUUGAACAGGCUCUGGAGGAUGUGCUCAGGGACGGCUGAUUGGUUUGCUUCCAAACGACGCCGUUUUGGGUGGAGGUCGUCCCACAUUUGUUUUAACUUUACUAAUUUCCUUUUUUAUUUCUUCUUUAUUUUGGAUGGAAGAAAUUAUUUGUAAUAAAAGCACAGAGAAAAGAAAAAAAAUGCUGGGUUUCUAAUUUGGCUACCAUGCCCAUUUGUAGAUCACAUGGCUCUUUGUUAUUAUGCACAUUCUAUCAUCAAUAAAUACAUUUUUUUUCUUCUCUGUUA